UCUUUAACUAAAACAAAGUCUAUCAAGUAAAGGGCUCUCAUGAAGAAAUUGAAGAGAGAAAUUACAAGUAAUAGAGAAACUAAGCAUUUGCAUGCUGGAGAAACCACCUCAAACAACUGUAUGGAAUAAGAUGAAAGGAGUGAAUGCAUCUGGAAGAAAUUUUGCUUAGUAUGACACUUUUGCCCAGCUUCUUGUCAUAAACGGCUGCUAAGGAAGAGAGAAUAUCAUUUUCGAGAGAAGGAGUGUAUAGUAAAAAUGGAGACCCCCGUUUCUGACAUUCAAGUAGAAAGCAAGGAUGAGACGAGAUCAGCAGAAGUUAGAGCUCAUGAUGAGAGGCAGGAGGGAAAAGCAUCAAUGCUUUGCUUCAAGAGAAGGAAGAAAUCAGCCAAAGCAAUGAAGCCCAGAGCCGGCUCUGGAGCUGCGGACGUGGCCAGGAAGUGUGCGUCAGGAGCUGGAGCUUCGGAGCAGCCACAGCCCCCAGGGGGGGCCUGGGCCUCAAUAAAACGUCUUGUGACACGCAGGAAAAGGUCAGGUUCUUCCAAGCAGCAAAAGCCCGCUGAGGCCAAAGUGCAACCUGAAGUCAGUGCCGAGGAUGCUAAUCUUCCCAAGAAAAAGGCAAAAUCCAGACUUAGGAUUCCCUGCAUAAAAUUCUCAAAGGGGGAGAAAAGACAUAAUCAUUCCGAAAUUACAGAAGAUGCAGACUGCAGCAUCCAAGUUCAGGGAGAGGCUGAAAGGUUGGAUACAAAAACUCCAGCCAAAUCGGAUGACCAGGCAACAGAGACCAAGUUGACCCAGGAAGUAAGUGGAGAGGUCUCACAGAAAGGGGGUGAUGAGGUCUGUGAACCAAAUGUGAGCAACAGCAGAACUUCUCCUGGAGAGAAUGUGAUUUCAGUAGAACUUGGGUUAGAAAAGGGGCAUUCUGCUAUUCAAACAGGAACUCUAAUCCUUGAAAAAGACAUUGAAACAACUGAGGAAACCCCAAGUAUCCAGCCCCAGCAAACAAGCCCACUGGAAACUUCAGAAACAGAACAUCGGCUGCCAGUGGUUUCUGAUGCUCCCCGCUCUCCUGCAAUCCCAGAUCAACCAAUUGCGGAAGAAGCCAGAAACAAUGUCCUAGAAAGUGAACCAAAUGGGAAAGACCAUGAAAGUGGAGAGAUUGUAGCUGAAGAGAUUAAGCCAAAAGAUAAUGAAGUGAGCCAGGAAUCAGAUUUUAAAGAAACGGAGAUCAGUGCAGAGAAACCCAAACCGGAAGAAAACAAAAAAAUGGAGCCCAUUGCUAUUAUUAUUACAGACACUGAAAUCAGUGAAUUUGAUGUCAAGAAAUCUAAAAAUGUCCCUAAGCGAUUCUUAAUUUCAAUGGAAAACGAGGAAGGAGGGGGUUUUGCUGAGUGUGGUUUUGAGGGUAGAACUUCAGAACAGUAUGAAACACUCCUAAUAGAAACAGCCUCUUCUCUUGUCAAGAAUGCUAUCCAGUUGUCUAUAGAGCAGCUGGUUAAUGAAAUGGCCUCUGGUGAUAAUAAAAUAAACAGUCUUCUACAGUGACUCCAUUUCCAGAUCAUGGGACGGGGAAGAAGUUUAACAAUGAAUUAUUUUCCAUAAUUGUGGCAUUUCUUACUCAUUAACAAAUGAGAGAUUUUCAUCUGUGGAAUUUAAAGGUACCACCUCAGCCCAGAAGUGUUGAAGACUUAAUCAAGUUUAUGAAACUCUGCCUACCACUAAAACGCAGCUACUUCUGGACGGAGGAAGUCAGCGUGGAUCACAAUAGCAAAGUGACAUAAAAGGAGUUGCUGAAAUGGCAUAUGAAGACGUAUUGAUUGAGCACUUACAAUAUGCCAUAAUCUCUUUUUGGUCCUCUGAUGUCACAAAGCCUGGUUUCCUUCUGAUAGUUGAACUCUGUGUACAGGUAACAUUACAUUUAGUUUUCAAAAACUUUUUGUUACAGUGCACAUUUAUCUUGUUUAAAACAGUGAAUAAGGUGAGCUUUUUUUUGGUGUGAAUGUGUUAUUUAUAGUUGUUACACUUCUAAGCAGUAGUCUUACCUUUAAAAAAAAUUGCAUUUUCCCAAUUUUAGCAGAAUGUGCAGAAUAUGCAUAGUUAAACUUUAAACAUGAGUGGUCUCUAGUCUUGCUCAAGUCCCUCACAAAAGCCAUUCACAAAUGUAUCCAACAGGCAGAUCAUUACCAAGUGCCAAGCUGUGGGAACACAACACGAGAGCAUUCUCCCUCGCCUCCUUCCUUCUGUCCCAAACAGACUUGUAUAAAUCCAUGUCUGCAGGGGAUCCUCCGAUGAAAAGGUUCAAAACAAAAAAAAAACUAAACAACAGCAAGAGCAAAAAGAAAAAGAGUGGAAUGUCACUUUCCACCCGGGAGACGGCAAACUUCCCAGGUAACAAGUCACCACAGAACAAGAUUCCUGUUGCAAGCUUUCCGCUCCCAAGACCUCACUCCUCAACCCUCCUCGGAGUGGGGAGAGUGAUCCGAAGCCAGUCUGGCAGCAAAAGUCCUAGGAAGUCUUAAUCAGCAAAAAUAUUACUCCUGACCAAGGAUGAGCCAAGUACAAGGUUGAAUAGAAAGUAAAACAUUAUUGCUAAAGCACAUUAUAUUUUAAAUGUCAGUAUUCUUUCAUCGUGCUUGUGUUUUGAGAGAUACCAGGAAAAAACAUUUCACAUGGACAUUGGAAAUUACAUUUUUCAUCAUUUUUUUUUACAGUACAGCUAAUUCCUUAC